AUUCACCGGACUAGCAGCCCAACCACCACCACACACUCACCAAACAUGAAGGCCUUUAUUGUGUUCGCCUGUCUGGCAGUGGCGACCGCUCGCGCCGGCAUCGCCCACGGACCAGUCAUCUCCUACGGUGGACACGGCGGCGGCCACGGUGCCGGCAUCGCCCUGGUCAGCGGCGGACACGGAGGCCUUGGUGGAGGCUACGGAGGCUACGGAGGCGGAUACGCCGGACACGGAGGCGCUGGCCUCAGCGGCGGACUCGCAGCCGGAGCUGGUACCGCAGCUUCUCUCCAAGGCGGAGCCUCUAGCUUGGGAAGCGGUGGUCUAGGAGCCAGCUACGCGGCCGGAGCAGCGGCCGCUGCUGGUGCUGCAGGAGUUCAACAGAUCGUCUCUGGUGGAGUGACCGGUGGUAGGUCCGACAUCGGACCCGCGGAGGGACCCAAGGCCAACGUCGGACCCCAGAGCGGACCUUCCGAUCUCGUCGGACCCCAGGAGGGCGCCAAGUCCAUCGGUGGACCCCGUACCGGACCCUCAAGCCUCGUAGGACCCGCUGCCGGACCCUCAACCCUGGUAGGACCCUCCCAGGGAACCGCCACCCUCGUAGGACCAUCCCAGGCGACCGCUAACCUGGUCGGACCCAGCUACGGUGGAGUCGCUUUCUACGCCGGAUCCGGUGGAAUCAACGGUGACGACGGUAGCUCUGGCUCCGCCGCUGCCGCCGCUCCCGGAGGUCUUGGAGGCGCUGGUAUCGCUCUUGGUGGAGGUGCUGGUUUCGGACUCGGCGGAGGAUUCGCCGGAGGAUACGGAGGCCCCGGUGCCAUCGCCGUCGUCGGUGGAGGCCCAGGAAUCGCCGGUGGAAUCGGCGGCCACGACGCCGGAGUCGCCGUGAUCAACGGACCCUCCGGAGCCAUCCACGCCGGACUCGGUUCCCACGGAGCCAUCAUCCCGGCCCCAGUUUCCAUCGGUCACGGCAAGUGGUAGACGGUCUUAACAGACAAGCGAUCUCGGCUCGGCGACGGCGGCACACACACACACCAAUCAUCACUGCACUACCGGUUCUUCAUCAUGCGCUGCAAUUUUACCCGCGGGGGGCG